AUGAGGAGGGGGAACCAAAGCAGUGUGUCUGAGUUCAUCCUCCUGGGGCUCCCCAUCCAGCCAGAGCAGCAGGGCAUCUUCUUCACCCUUUUCCUGGCCAUGUACCUGACCACAGUGCUGGGGAACCUGCUCAUCAUCCUGCUCAUCAGGCUGGACUCUCGCCUCCACACCCCCAUGUACUUCUUCCUGUGCCACCUGGCCUUCUCCGACAUCUCCUUAUCAUCUGUCACCAUCCCAAAGAUGCUAGUGAUGGCAUAUGACAGGUAUGUGGCCAUCUGCCACCCACUGCACUACAUGGUUAUCAUGAGGGAGGAGCUGUGUGACUUAUUGGUGGCUGGAUCUUGGUUCCUCUCUUGUACGAGCGCCCUUCUGCAUACCCUGCUCCUGUCCCGCCUGUCCUUCUGUGCUGACAACACUAUCCCCCACUUUUUCUGUGAUCUCAAUGAACUCUUGAAGAUGACAUGCUCAGACACCUCCCUCAAUGAGCUAGUCAUCUUCACUGAGGGAGGAGUAUUGCUUCUCCUGCCAUUGUGUACUGUUUUGGGCUCUUACAUCUUCAUUGCUUUUACUGUCCUGAAGGUCCCCUCCACUAAGAAGAUCUGCAAAGUUCUGUCUACCUGUGGAUCCCACCUCUUCCUUGUAUUUUUGUAUUAUGGGACUCUUGCAAUUAUUUAUUUCUUUCCUUCCUCAAAAAAUUCCCAAAUUAAGGAUAUAAUUGCUUCAAUAAUGUAUACAGAGGUGACACCCAUGUUGAACCCCUUCAUCUAUAGCCUGAGGAACAGAGACAUGAAAUUGGCUCUGGGGAUUCUUUGUAGAAGAGGAAUUAUUUCUGCCAAGUGA